AUGUUGCUGGUCAAGACUGCGAUCUUCGGCAUUUGGAGAUUGAGGAUGCAAGGGUACAUACCUAGACCCGCCAGCAAGGACAAGAGCGCAAUCACCGCGGCCACCCCCUGGCGAGGCACCAUCCUCUUCCCGCUGCCGCUGAUCCCCGGUACAUCCAGGAACGCACAAGGUCCUGUUCUUUCCGUCCUUGGACGCCCAGGCGCUCAGUCCCGUUGGUGUAACACCCGUAUAUACAACGGGUAUAGGGCAUCAGGCUAA